UUUCGGAAGACAAACUGCUCGAUUUUCAUGUUGGAUGUCAAUAAAUCACGCAAGUUACGAAACUUGUAAUUUUACGCGUACGACAUAUUGUGACUGAAAAAAAUACAUUGAAAAUUAGAAAUAUCUUAAAGGUGGAUUUAUAUUAAAAAUGGAAUGCUGAAUUUUUUUAAGUGAAUCAGAAGUCUGAGUUGUAAAAGACGAAAGCAGAACAUACUGGCCACAAUACUCACUGCUACUAGUUUCUGAUUGGGUCGAAAGAGUUUCACCGUUCUUCAUUUUGUUUUGCCGCAUUCAGGUGUAUUCUCCUUUACAUCAUAUGGAGGUAUCAACAUUUACCCGCUUGUUUUUCCAUUCCGCGUUGCUCCGCGUCCCUAACCCUGUUUAACCUUUCAUCACGCACGCGAAAAAUACGUAUCCACGUAACGUGUGUGUGUCAACAAAUUAUAUUGUCGAUAUUAAGGAAGAUUGGUCACGAUAAUUGGUGAACAACGGAUUCCGGUAGUUUGAUAAAAAUGAUAAUGGAUGAAGCAAUGUGCGAUGAGCAAAAAACUGUGCAAUUUUUUGUAUCAUCCGACACAUAUUACAGCUUCAUACCACCAUACUGCGUGCAGGAAAACCAGCAAGAAUUAACCAGAUGGAAUCCGUGGCGCAAUUGCCGAUUGGAGGCCAUCCCUUGGACCCAGCAAUGGUACAAUCAGCAACAGCAGCAACAGGAGGACGUCAAUAUGUCGUUUUGCAGGAAUCGGAAGCGAAAUCGGCAUGAUAAUGACAAAGGGUGGCCUAUUGAAGAGCGAAAAAAACCUCGAAGGGAUAUGGCAACGUCUGCAUUGUUUAUGGUACAAGAAGCAGAAAAAGCACGUUAUAAGUCAGAAACAUUAGACAUGGACUUAGAUACCGAUACUGCCAAUUGUACAACUUUGGAACAAUUUUCAACGACAAAAGAGAAUUGGGCAGCAGGUAGUCCUGGCUUAGAUAAAGUAGAUAAACACUUAUUGUCAAGUGGAGAUGUAAAAUUAGACGAAAGCAACAAAGACUAUGAAAAAUUGUUGUUCACCACUCAUGGGUGUACCAUCUAUCACCAUGAGCGAAUACUGCUGAAUAAUCAGAUAGACAUUUGAGCUCCACCUGAUUGACCACUUUUGUUUCCCUCUACUUGUGUAUAUAUACUUAUCCCUCUUUACUUUUAUAUAUAACUUUUCUGUAUUACGUAUGACUGUGUGUAUGAUUAGAAACAUUGACAUAUAUAUGACAUGUGAGUCAUUCCUUUGUAUUCAUGAAAAACAAUAAAUAUAUUUAUUUUACAUA